CGACGUCGCGGGUCUGAGGUGGAAAGCGAAGGCCGCGGCGCUUUUCUCUGCCCUUGACAGCCCUUCGCGUCGCCAUGGCUGCCCUGGCGGCUCUGCACGGCGGCGUCCGCCGGUCUCUGCUUCGCGGGCUGCUGCAGGAAGGAAGAUGCCUGGAGCGAACUUAUGCAUCCAAACCCACUUUGAAUGAAGUGGUUAUAGUAAGUGCUAUAAGAACUCCUAUUGGAUCCUUUCUGGGCAGCCUUGCCUCUCAGCCAGCAACUAAGCUUGGUUCUAUUGCAAUUCAGGGAGCUAUUGAAAAGGCAGGGAUCCCGAAAGAAGAAGUGAAGGAAGUCUACAUGGGCAAUGUCAUCCAAGGGGGUGAAGGGCAGGCCCCCACAAGGCAAGCGGCAUUGGGUGCAGAUUUACCGAUUUCCACUCCGUGCACCACGGUAAACAAAGUCUGCGCUUCAGGAAUGAAAGCCAUCAUGAUGGCCUCUCAAAAUCUUAUGUGUGGACAUCAGGAUGUGAUGGUGGCAGGUGGGAUGGAGAGCAUGUCAAAUGUCCCCUAUGUGAUGAGCAGAGGAGCAACUCCGUAUGGCGGGGUAAAACUGGAAGACCUGAUCGUGAAAGACGGGCUAACUGAUGUCUACAAUAAAAUUCAUAUGGGUAACUGUGCUGAGAAUACUGCAAAGAAGCUGAAUAUUGCACGAGGCGAACAGGAUACUUACGCCAUCAGCUCUUACACCAGGAGUAAAGAAGCCUGGGAUGCAGGGAAGUUUGGAAAUGAAAUCGCUCCUGUCACAGUCUCAAUAAAAGGUAAACCAGAUGUGGUGGUGAAAGAAGAUGAAGAGUACAAGCGUGUUGAUUUCAGUAAAGUGCCGAAGCUGAAAACCGUGUUCCAGAAAGAAAAUGGCACAGUAACAGCUGCCAAUGCCAGCACACUGAACGACGGAGCAGCUGCUGUGGUUCUCAUGACUGCAGAGGCCGCCAAGAGGCUCAAUGUGAAGCCACUAGCACGAAUCGCGGGAUUUGCUGAUGCUGCUGUAGAUCCUAUUGAUUUCCCAGUUGCACCCGCAUAUGCUGUACCUAAGGUUCUUAAAUAUGCAGGAUUGAAAAAGGAAGACAUUGCCAUGUGGGAAGUAAAUGAAGCAUUCAGUGUGGUUGUACUGGCCAACAUUAAAAUGCUGGAGAUUGAUCCUCAAAAAGUGAAUAUCCACGGAGGAGCUGUUUCUCUGGGUCAUCCAAUCGGGAUGUCUGGAGCCCGGAUUGUUGUUCACUUGGCUCAUGCCUUGAAACAAGGAGAAUUUGGUCUGGCCAGUAUUUGCAAUGGAGGAGGAGGUGCUUCUGCUGUGCUGAUUGAGAAGCUGUAGACAGACAACCUGUUUUAGGAGACAGUUCCAUGUGAUCAGAAACCCUGCUGAAGUGAACGUGACUCUCUUGGGCCAGCUUAUAUUCAACAUAAGCUUUUCAUUUUUUAUUAUUUUCUAUUAAAUUUUUUUUUAAAAAAUAAUCAUCAUAUUCAAAACCUAUUGAAAGUACAAAUAAAAAUUUCUCCUUUAA